AUGACCACAGCAUCAAGCUCACGACCACGGCCAAAGGUUUCGCCGCUGACCAAGCCAACCCGCCGCCUCCUCUGCCUCGGCAUCGAAGGCUCAGCAAACAAGCUCGGCGCAGGCGUCAUCUCGCACUCGCCCGGCGAGUCAGCAACACUCGUGACCGUUCUCAGUAACGUGCGGCACACGUACAUCACGCCGCCGGGCGAGGGCUUCCUCCCCUCGGACACGGCGCGGCACCACCGCGAGUGGGUCACGCGCGUGCUGCGCGAGGCGGUCAAGAAGGCGGGCGUGCGGAUGCAGGACUUGGACGUGAUUGCCUUUACGAAGGGCCCAGGCAUGGGCACACCGCUCCAGGUCGGCGCGCUCGUCUCGCGCACCCUCUCGCUCUUGUACGACAUCCCCCUCGUCGGCGUCAACCACUGUGUCGGGCACAUCGAGAUGGGCCGGCACAUCACGUCGUCGUCCAACCCCAUCGUGCUGUACGUGUCCGGCGGCAACACGCAGGUCAUCGCGUAUAGCCAGCAGCGGUACCGUAUCUUUGGGGAGACGCUCGACAUUGCCAUUGGCAACUGUUUGGACCGCUUCGCGAGGGUUAUUCAGCUGAGAAAUGACCCGAGUCCGGGGUACAAUAUCGAGCAGGAGGCGAAGAAAGGCUCCCGCCUCGUCCCCCUCCCAUACGGCACAAAGGGCAUGGACGUGACGCUCGCAGGCAUCCUGACCGCCGUCGAGGCGUACACCCAGGACAAGCGGUACCGCUCGUGGGACCAGCUCGACAGCCUGUCCCCCGACGACGACGUGAUCACGCCGCACGACCUCUGCUUCAGCCUGCAGGAGACGACGUUUGCCAUGCUCGUCGAGAUCACGGAGCGGGCCAUGGCGCACGUCGGCGCGUCGGACGUGCUUAUCGUCGGCGGCGUCGGGUGUAACCUCCGCCUGCAGGACAUGAUGGGCAUCAUGGCGUCUGAGCGCGGCGGGCGUGUCUUUGCGACCGACGAGAGCUUCUGUAUCGACAACGGCAUCAUGAUUGCCCAGGCUGGCCUGCUGGCCUAUCGCAUGGGCCAGGUUACGCCGCUCGAGAAGACGAGCGUGACGCAGAGGUUCCGCACCGACGCCGUCAACGUUACCUGGAGGGCAUAG